GUAACAACAUUGCAGUUGCAGCCUGGGAAAUGCCCUGUGAGAUCUUCAUCGCUCCGGUAUGAAUAUGCUCAGGGCUUCUAGAGACGAGACAGGCAACAAGCCGCAAUCGUAAUUUAUACGCUGUGUCUUUUCAUAGGAAUAAGAGAGGGAGAGAGUGAAGAAAAGGUGGCCUGUGAACAAGGGGAGGUGUUAUUUUUCCCUGCGUGUUUCCUCAUUUGAAGUUGUGCAAGAACUACUUUUUUUUUUUUGGGUGGGGGGGUUUGCCUUUUGUGAACUUAUGUCUUUUUGUAGAUCAGCAUGACAGGGAGAAAGCGAGGGAUCCAUGUGUGGGAACUGCAGGAGGAAGGAAAGUGCAGCUGGGAAUUUUCGCCUGGAGCGAAACAGGCUGGAGGUUUGUGGCGAAAUAAGGCAGAGACAGAGAGAAGAAAGGAAAAGAGAAGGAGAGAGAGAGAGGUUGAGAAAGAUGACAGAGGAGAAAAGAGGUUUAAAGCAGGGAUGACGAAGCGUGGGAUGGCAGGAGAAGAGAAGAUUUGAUGAGAUGGAGGAGGCGUAAAAGUGGACUUUACUUAAUGAGGUGGAGCGAGGAGGAGACUCGAAGAUGACAGAAGUGAAUCUUGUCUCCACGCCUUCUUGGGGAAAAAAAAGGAUGUCAAGGCGAGUUUCACACACACACACACACACACACACACACACAGACACACACACACGCACACACAAACACCUGUAAAUCUACACUCACGAUCUUCCUGCCAAUCGUCUCCCUUUUGCUUUAACCCUCCGAGAGACUGUCUGUGUGCGUUUUCUCCACCCUCAUCUCACUCUCUCUCUCUCUCUCAAUCGACCAACCUGUCAUUUAAUGACUGUGUACAUACCUGCACACACACGUACACACCCACAGUGUACACACACACACACACGCACACUGUCCCUCUCCGUCACACACACAUUCUCGCGCUCUCGUCCUCAGAGCAGCAGGUCCCUGGAAGCAGCCAAACUGUCAGUGACUGUUGCAAACACAUGCUCACUCUCAGCUCGGCUCUCUCUUCAGUUGCUGCCAAGGAAGGAGGAGGAGGAGGAAGAGGAGAAGGAGGAGGAGGAGGAGGAAAAGAAGUGAGGCUGGAAAGAACAGACUGAAACACACAGAGAAAAGAAAGAGAGAGACUUGGACCAGCCUCUCACUGCUUACCUCUCGCCUCUGCCUGGCUGACUGUGUGAGAGACUGGUGGCAGCUGACAAGUGAUGCCUUGCACUCUCCGGAGCAGCACAUAGACAGGACUUCCUUCAGCUUCAGCGUCUUCCUCUCUCUGUGACAAUGAUGAGGAGAGACCGUCUCUUCUUGGCCGCGACCCUCACAGCCAUCUUCUCCGCUGACCUCUACUUUAUCCUGCUGCCAAAGCUGCGGAGCAUGGGUCAAGGAUCGGGGCACUUUUGCUCAUGCGGUCCCAACAAUCUCACCCUUCCCAGACAUGGUGGUCUCGCCACCCCACAGCUCUCCAACUGGACUUCUCUGCCACCCCUGUAUGAUACCACAUCCGAACCCAUAGAUGGAGGUUCAAAGCUGGGGAGGCUGUUUGCUCACCCUUUGUACAACAUCCAGAUCCCUGCACUGGGGCCGGAGGAGAGGCUGCUGCAUGCAGAGCAGCUGAUGGAGUACUACAGGAGGAAGGUGUCACGCUGGGAAAGACAUAUGAAACUCUACAGUGAGGCAGCGGCUGUGUCCAACAUCACUGUGACUGAACACAAAGUGACCUUUGACCCAGACGCCAGCUGGCUGAAGUUCCACCUGGGAAUUAGUCGCUAUGCUCUGUACUCCCGCGAUGACCUUGCUGUCCCACAACUCCUCAAGGAGAUGCAGAGCAUGACGGUCAUCGGUGCAGAUUACACUCAAGAUGAAAAGGCCCUGAAAGGAGCUUGUGAUUGCACCCAAGUUGUAAAACCCAGUGGACAUCACCUGAAACUGGCCCUGAAGAUGCAAAACUUUGCUAAAGCCAUGUUCAAACCAAUGAGGCAGCAGAGGGACGAGGAGACUCCAGAAGACUUCUUCUACUUUGUUGAUUUCCAGAGACACAACGCAGAGAUUGCUGCCUUUCACCUGGACAGGAUCCUGGACUUCCGGAGGGUCCCGCCGGUGGCUGGAAGGCUGGUGAACGUCACAGGAGAAAUCCUCCAAGUUACCCACAAUGAAGACCUUCGAGCUGUCUUCUUCACCUCGCCAGCAAACAACACAUGUUUCUUUGCCAAGUGCCUAUAUGUGUGUAAGACGGAGUAUGCGGUGUGCGGUAACCCCAAUUUGCUCGAAGGCUCCCUGUCUGCCUACUUACCCGGCCUCAGCAUCGCUCCCCGCAUCUCCAUCCCCAACCCCUGGAUCCGCUCCUACACCUUCACUGGACGAGAAGAGUGGGAGGUGAAUCCCUUCUUCUGUGACACCAUAAAGCAGCUGUAUCCCUAUAACUCAGGAAACAGGCUCCUCAACAUCAUAGACAUGUCCAUCUUCGACUUCCUCAUAGGCAACAUGGACAGGCACCACUACGAGAUUUUUACCAAAUUUGGGGACGAGGGAUUCCUCCUCCACUUGGACAAUGCCAGAGGGUUUGGGAAGCACUCUCAAGAUGAGAUGUCCAUCCUGGCUCCACUGUCUCAGUGUUGCAUGAUAAAGCGCUCCACACUGUUGCGGCUCCAGCUCCUGACCCGACCGGAGUACAGGCUCAGCGACGUGAUGAAGGAGUCCCUGGAGGGAGACCCUUUACAGCCAAUCCUCACAGAGCCCCAUCUCUUAGCACUGGACCGAAGGUUACAGAAGGUCCUCCGGGUGGUCCAGCGGUGUGUCCGGAGGCUGGGCGAGGACGAGGUGAUCACCAAGGACUUUAUCAAAUCCACAGUGAAACCUCAGACUGCCACAGAUAUGGGAAAGGUCAGGUAACAGGAGGACUUAAAGGGCCGUCGCUCCUCCUCAAAGAAAAGUAGUAAGACUUCAUGAUGAAGCGCAAACAACGCUCAGAUGGUUUCGAUUUAAGGAACAAGCCAUAAAUGGAAGACGCUGUGAAAUCUUCAAGAGGGGUUUGUCAACGAAAGAAAGGAUUCUUAUUUGUGGAGGUUCAGAACAUGAAUCACUGCAGGCCUCAAAUUCCUAUCACAGAGGGAGUCUUGCCUUUAUUUCUUUUUGUUUCUCUCUUGGUCAUAAAUUCCCCCAAGGGUGCAUUUUAUGACCGGGCUUACACCUACACCUUCAGGGUGAAUUUGGGGUUAGUACACUUAAAUUAAGACCUUUUAAGGAACAAUUAAAGAUCAUUUUGAUGUGGAAAAUGAAUUAGGAGAGUAAAAAAAGGCAGCAACCGUAUCAGGGAAUAUUUCAUUGAUACAUGAAGCCAUAAUUAAUAUUCAAAAGGAGAGAGCUGUGAUGCACUGGAUCAGUUGUUUAUCAUAUUAAUGCUGGUGAAUAUUGUGAUUAUGGAAAAAAAAAAAAAAGAUUUGUGUCCGUGUGAUGUCAUAAUUAUAAAAUAAAGUGAUUUUAUGGUGGUGCAAGUUUAAA